UGUCACGUUGUUCGUUUGACGUCGCCGCUUGCCCUGAGGAUAGACCCCAGACGGAAGUCGAUUUCAAAAAGUUGGACUUGCAAGAGUAAUUUCUUCACUGAGAUUGAUGCCAUGUGCGAGCAGGAUAAGACGUUGGGGGUUUAUAACCCGCAGUAUACGCUUGAGAGCUGUGUUUUUGCGAACCAUUGCGCAGUCUUCUCUUUUUGUUGAUGUUUUUUUGCUUUUUCUCUGUCUGUUUUUGGUUAUAUACCUCUCUGCCGGAUUUCCAACGAGGCGUUCUUGGGUUUCCAGUCAUCUACCACCUAUCCGGACCAUUUUGCUUCUGCCGGCUUUGCGAAAACAAAGCCGCCCCUUAAUAGCGAGGCCGACGCCUGUCGACAUGAGUAGAUGGCGAUGAACCGACAGCU